AUGGAGGGGAACAUCGAGAAGGAAUGUAGUGCUCUCGGUGGACUCUUCCAGAAUAUCAUAAAUGAUAUGAAGUGUAGCACACCAGUGUGGGAAGACUUCACAUCAAAGGCCACCAAGCUGCACCAUGCACUCAAGGCUACAGUUAUUGCUUGUAGUGCCUUCCUGGAUACUUUUCAGAAAGUUGCAGAUCUGGCCACAAGUUCUAAGGGAGCAACCAGAGAGAUGGGCUCAGCUCUCACCAGACUCUGUAUGAGGCACAGAAGUAUAGAAAACAAACUCAAACAGUUCACAAGUUCACUUUUAGAUUCACUUGUAAUACCUCUCCAAGAACGGAUGGAAGAAUGGAAGAAAACUGUAGCUGUACUAGACAAAGAACAUGCAAAGGAUUAUAAAAAAGCCCGGGCUGAUAUCAAAAAGGCUUCAUCAGAUACUGUUAGACUUCAGAAGAAAGCCAAAAAAGGCAAAGGGGAACAACUCCAAAUUCGCUUAGACAAUGCAAUGCACGAUGUCAACGAUAAAUACCAUCUACUGGAAGAAGCUGAAAAGCACUCAGUAAGGACAGCUCUGAUUGAGGAAAGAAGUCGUUUCUGUACUUUCGUCAGCUUUGUUCGACCAAUGGUGGAUGGGGAGAUAGCGAUGUUAACAGAGGUGACCCAUCUUCAGGAGAUAAUCGAACAUCUCUGUAUGCAAUCAAAUGAUCCGCACAUAUUGCCCACAUCGAGUGAACAAGUCAUAAGAGACAUUAAGGGCACAGAUUCUUCAUCCUGGCACUUUCAGACACCUCCCAGCUCGCCAAGUUCGCUAGGGUCUCGCAAGUCGAGCAUGUGUAGCAUCAACAGUAUAAACAGUUCAUCAAGCGGCUCAAUGAAGUCAAAUUCCCCGAGCCACCAUUUCAGAUAUAGGAACUCGGCUCAGGUAAACAAGCAGCCUCCAGUUCCCGGGACGACGCGUCUAUCCAGUGUUUCCUCUCAAGAUUCAGGAUUCACAUCCCAGGAUACUUUGUUCCUGAAGCCCGCCACCCCACCUCCAUUGGACCUUAUGCGACAGGGCUCUGGAACAGAGAGUGGUAGCAGUAGUUCUGGGACAGGCACAGAAUCCAGUAAUGCCUCUACCCCAUGUGGAGCGGGGCCCUACCCCUCUUCCCCCUCUGCUGCCUCUACAUGGACCAACUGGCCUGACCCCCCAACUUCGAAACCACAGGAACAGCCUGUAUAUGACAGACCACACACCAUAUCAACAGCAUACGAGAAAACACACAACCGACCAGCACUUACGUCGCAAACAUUUCAACCCCCGGAACAACAACAACAGGAGAUGGCGCCACCAUCAUCACACGUGAGCCUCCGAGAUAGGGACCCAUCAUCUAAUCCCAACAAUCGUGGUUCAAAUAGCUCACUAAACAGAAGACAGAGUGAGAGAUCCCUUGAUCGCAGAGAUGGACGAUCUGCACCUCCUGUUGGCCCGAAGCCAAAGGGGAAACCUGUGGCUCCACCUAUGGUUCCAGACUUACCUCCUCCGAUGCCUCAUGUUCCAGACUUCAACAUGCAUCCGGCUAAUUCUUUAAUGCCGCAGCCAAUCUAUCUAAACCACAAUGAGUUAGCAGACCUCCCCCCUCCCCCACCCCAUGAGGAACUAGACCUCCAACAGCUUGGGGAGCAACAGAUCUAUGAACUACAUGAACAGCAGAUGCAGUCAGAGACUGAAAGUGGCGCAAGCACUCCACAGCCCUGGGAUACACUCGACCUCUCUGCAGCCAUUAAAGCCCUAGAUGCGUGCACCGCUGAUGCGUUAGACCCUCGCUAUGAUGAGGACUCAGAGAAGGCAAGGCAGUUUGCAACACCCAAUUCUUUAGAGUUAGCCGCAGCCAUUAAAGAACUUGAAGAGAGUACAGCUGCACUGACCAUGGCUUACGAUGGCGCAGAACCAGCACCCGAGAGCAGUCGUGACAGCCAAGCAAGCCUCCAGUGUUCAAGUGGGUAUGGUACGAUGACUAGUACACCCUCUGGUUCUGAGGACAUGGUGGCCUCCCAAGAUGUCGCCACCUACUCACAUGCAGAAAGAGCGCCAUCUAUUGAUAGAUUUUCCACCAUACCUCGAAGUGGUGACGUAAGCCAUACUUUUAGGGCACCGGUGACGCCUAAACGGCCCGCUUCAACUGCAGGCAUGCCUUCAGCCCCAAAUCCAGCCGGACAAGUACGACGUCACUCGGUCCAGGCCAAACCCCCACCCCCUGUACGCAGAUCAUCAUCAAUAAGCGCAGCUCCCCCGGCUACUCUGCCGACCAUUCGCCAGGGAGGAGCAAUGGCUAAAGAGACCCAGGGGACUCAGCAUCACAGGAGGACCCAUAGCGAUGUAGGGGAAACAAACACAAAGUUGGCAACCCGCCGUAAUAUGACGGCUCCAGAGCAAUUAUACGCCACACCUAUAGUACCAGGGAGUAAUAUAUCCCCGCAGAUGCAUAGUGGAAAUGUUGCGGAGCCCAUGUAUGCUAUUCCGAAUAAAUCUCCCGGUGGCCCACAGAAGGAUUAUGCCACCCCUCAAGUUACCCCACAGGUCACACAAGAACUUCAAGCCAAGCUUGCGGCUAUGGCAAACAAACAGAAAGCUCCCCCACAGGUUCUUCCUAAGACCCAGGGGGCUGGUUCUCACGCCCAUCAGGCAAACCCAAACUCUCAAUAUCAAGCUGGACAUAAUGGAAAUGUAACUAAUGGUAGAGAAAAUGUUAUUCAGAGCCUAAACGCGGAAUUUGCCGCCAAACAAAAACUACAAACAACUAAUUCUAAACCUCCACCAGGACCAAGCAAGAAGCAAUCUCCAGUAGCUAAUAAUAUAGACAACCAAACAGUGCUAAACAAUGACUUAUCAGUAAAUGAGGGAUCUGGAGGAUUCUUAGGUCAAAUACAACGGGGAGUGAAAUUGAGACGGACUAUUUCAAACGAUCGAUCAAGUCCAAGAGUUAAACGAAAUUAAUGUAUAGGUCAAUCAUGGAGUGUGUUCAAAUGUUCAGAUGUGUAUUUAUAGAGCGCUAUUUAUAUGAAAAUGUAUGAUUAUAUGAAAUGUAUGUAUAUUACCCAGAAUGCCAUAGGUGCUUGAGUAGCACAAAACAUUUAAUUCUAGUUGGAAACCAGUAAAUUGUAAAUACAUGACGUCAACAUGUAAAUAGAUAGGAAUACUUAGACAUAACUACUUUAUAGACUGUAGUUUUGAUAGCCAAAUAUUAGCACAUCUACUACGAUAGCAAUGGUUGGUGUUAAUAUAAAUUUCUUGAACAGUUGAGACUAACUUGAGAAAAAUCACCUACCUGUCAUUGAUUGAAAUGAUUUUUUUGGUCAUGUUAAUGUCAGCCUUUGCUUUGGUCAUGUUAACGUCAGGCUGUGUUAAAGUCAAAGUUAAAGGCUCAUUUCAGUGUGUUCACCAGGGGCAAUCCCAUCUGAAAUAUUUAUAAGAAUACUUAACUGACCUACUUAAAUGAAGAUCUGAUACCAUGCACC